UUCCUACUUAUAUAAACUUUGACCCCAUUUUGUCACAGUUUCCUAAAUCCAAUUGUUUUAAAUAAAACUCGUGUACAUCAUCAGCACCUAGCAUCAGCUAUCGUUUGGGCUCCGCGUGGAUCUAUAGGUGCCACAGAGCGCCACAUUAACUAUAAUCCGAUUGCGAUGAAUGGUAAUGCAUUGUUAGAUAUUCAAUCAGUGAUUUAUGUAGCCACCAUUUUAUUAAUGAGGUUCCGCAUUGAUGCUGAUUACUUCGCCUCGAAAAUCAAUUUAAUGUCACUCUGUGAGAACUCUGGAAAACAGUCAACAGAUAGAGCUAGAAAUAUGAAUACUUCACCGAAAACACUCGGCAGAGUGGCAGUAGUUGUGGUCUUAAUCCUUAUUGUACAAAACACACAGGGCCUGUUCAAGGCGACCAACAUCAAGUGCCAAUGCUAUGACAAAACAUUUUGUGAGUUUACGCAGUGCGAAUUGAAGGUAGUUGGACGUGGCCUGGUGGCCAUCAACAUAUACGUUAAGAUCCACCAAUUGCCAGUGAAGAAAGUCCUGGUAAACGCAAGCCUUUUUCGGAGAUUCAAUGGCUUCCGGCCAUUUCUUUACAAUAUUACCGUGGACUUUUGUGAGUUUAUGAAGCACUCGAAACGCUAUCCCUGGUUUGCCAUAGCUCAUAGCCAAAUUUCGGGCUUCUCUAAUCUGAACCAUACCUGCCCCUACAAUGUGAGUAAAGAACUUCAAAUAAUUCCCCGUAUUAAUUUUUAUUUGCUGUCAGAAUGA